AUGGCGCCCACGCCACAACUCUCCACCUUCCACCUCUUCCCCAAUCUAGCACCAGAACUCCGCCAAAAGAUCUGGGGCCACGCCUGUCCUCCCCGUACCAUAACUCUCCGCUACAUCCCAGAACAAGACAAAUGCCUCUCCUCCUCCCCACCACCCCCAAUCCUACAAGUUUGUUCCGAAUCCCGUUAUGUCGCCUCAAAACACUACCGGUUAUGUUUUGGCACCGCCUCAAAUGAAGCGAGGAUAUACUUCAAUCCCUAUCUCGACACGCUAUACUUACCCCGCCACCGAGAAAUGGGCUAUGAUGAAACACUACGGGAUUUCCGCUCUCUAGUCAAGGACGAGGAAGGCUUACUCAAUGAAUUGAGAAAGGUGGCUAUCGAGCAUGUGGAUCUUACUAUCAAACGACCGUGGGAAUCAUAUAAUAAAGCAAGCGUAUUACGGAGUUUCUCUAACCUGGAAGAGGUUAUUCUGGUUCAGGUCGAGGGUCAGAAUGAGGCGACGAAGCUGGGAUGGGAUGAGGAGGUGGGGUUUGUGCAAGCGAGGGGGAACCCGGAGAAGUUACUUAGGAUUUGGGUUGAUUUUCGGCAGGCGUUUAUUAUGGAGGAAAAGUUGUUGGAGAAGGUUUGUCAGGAUAUGGGAAGGGAGUACCAGGCUUUCUUUUUGCCGGCGCUAAGGUUGGAGAGGAAGGUUAGAGUGGAGCGUGGGGUACGGAAGGAGGAUUAG